UCUCUCGGCACCACAAUAUUUUGGUGCUAGCUUUUCCAGCCAGCGGAUGCGUGUAGUGCAGCAGCAGCAGCUCGCCGUACCGUGCUUUUGCUGAAAGCAUUUUCCCGUGGAGCGUGUACUUUUCCACACACGCUCGCGAAAAACUGGUUAGUCGAGUUUUCGCAUCGGUCGCGUUCGGUCGUGUGCACAAAACGAAGCGAAGAAGAACCCGGAACACAAACACGCACACACAGCAGUCCAAAGUGUUGUUGUUGUUGCGGUGUGUGCGCGCGCGUCUUCCAACCACUUCCUGUGCGUGUGUGCUUUUUAGUGUUUUUUCUUUCGAUUGUUGGCUCGCGUUGUUGUUGCUGUAAUCGAUUGUUUCGCUGGGGUGAGUUUCGCGUUCGUGUUUAUUGGGCAAAUAGUGGGCUCCGGUUCGGGAUGGAGCAGUAGAGCGAGCCCACUUGAGCGGUGUGUCGGUCGGUGAGCAAGUGAAGCGAAGUGGCACGGUGGGGUAUGCAAAUUGAGAUUAAUUGCAAAUUCAAAAUACACAACCUGAACCCCGGUAGCGGAAGGUGCAGUGUGUGUGUCAGCAGUGUGGUCCAGCCUCCCUCUUACUGACGGAUCGUUCUUGCCCUUUUGGGCUAACCGUACCGCUACCGGAAAUCGAUUUCGGGAUGGUCAGUCCCCUGUGAGUAGAUGCAGCUUGCCCGCUGCUUCUUUGCCCGUUCCUUCACAUCCCGGUGAAGCAUAGCCAAUUGUGCAAAUAUCGAAACGGCAUGGAUGUGUGAAGUACCUGCGCUGAAAGCAUUAGUGGUGUGUGCAUCUGUGUGCGUGUUUGGCCCGGUUGUACACAAAAGCGUAAAACCGCGUAACGAAACACAACCUGCGCCUACUACGACGACGACGUCGAGCCAGCUAGAGCUGCUUUCCCGUACAAAUUUCCAUCCAGGCAGGCCGCUAUUGAAAGUUGCAGUCGACAGCGACAGAGAGCAAGGCAGAGAGAGAGAGAAAAACAGUCACCCAAAAACCUUCUCAAGUUGAACCUGCAGCAUAGAACACCAAGCAGAGAAUACAAACAACGCAACACCGGAUAGAAACAGGCACACCUUCAACUGAAAACCGUGUCCUUUUCCAUCACAUCUUUCCAAUCAUCCUGCCACACGAUCCAGCAAACAAACAAACAUGGAACCGAUGGAAGCCAGGGUGGCAAUGCUGCAGGACCUCAAGAUCCAAUCGUUUGACACGAUUCGCUUCGCUUCCUAUCGCACAGCGUGCAAGCUGCGAUACGUACAGAAAUCGACCAACCUGCACUUGGUCGACAUCUGGAACGUAAUAGAGGCAUUCCGUGAAAAUGGACUGAACACACUCGAGCCCCAGAACGAGGUCAGCGUGAGCCGGCUCGAAACGCUCGUCUCGUCGCUGUAUCACAAUCUAAACAAGCGGCUGCCACCGACCCAGCAGGUGCACGUCGAUUCGAAGGCAAGCUUGCUGCUGAACUGGCUGCUGGCCGCUUACUCCGGCGACAACUCGGGCAAGAUACGUGUGUUUUCGAUCAAGGUGGCACUUGCGAUCAUGUGCGCCGGCAAGAUGGUCGAUAAAUUGCGAUAUAUCUUCUCGCAAAUCUCCGACGGUGCUGGCCAGCUAAUACACUGGAAAUUGGGCGAUUUCCUGCGCGAAGUGCUUGCGCUUCCGGCAGCCGUCUUCGAGUCGCCCACCUUCUUCUACAAAGAGGGUCUCGAGUCGGAAAUCUUCCCGGUGGAGAACAAAAUCACGGUAAACGAUUUCAUGGCCGGCUUCAUGACCGAACCGGGACCGGCCUGUCUCGUGUGGAUGCCGCUGCUGCACCGGCUCGCUACCGUCGAAUCUGUCGUGCACCCGACCGUGUGUUCGGUGUGUAUGCGGGAAAACUUUACCGGUUUCCGUUACCGUUGCCAACGUUGCCAUGGGUAUCAGCUGUGCCAGGACUGUUUCUGGCAGGGGCGCGUAUCGCUGAACCACCAGAACGAUCACGAGGUGAAGGAGUACUCGAGCUACAAAAGCCCCAGCAAACAGAUUGGCCAUUCGCUGCGCAAAAGUUUCCGCUGCGUGCCGGACAAACAGAUCCAGGCCCUGCCCCGGUUUCCCGAGCAGCCCGAGAAAACGCUCAACCUAUCGCACAUUGUCCCGCCGUCACCGUUGCCGUCACACAACGGAUUCCCUGACGGGGGUAUACCGGGGCUGUACGAUCGCAGCAGUACACUGGACUCGCGGGCAACCGGAUUAUCGCUCGACAGUAACGGUACGUCCGGAACGCGUGGUGGAGCCGUUAAUUCCAACGAUGAGGAGCACAGACUGAUCGCGCGAUACGCAGCACGCCUAGCACAGGAAUCACGGACGCCCGGUGGAUCCGCGCCCGAUCCGGUGCAGAUAGGGCUGGACAGCUCACGGGCCCAGCGUGAACUGAUCAUGCAGCUCGAAUCGAAGAACAAGGAGAUAAUGCGCGAAAUUCAGAAACUACGCCGCCAGCAGGAAGCGGAACAGGUCGCACCGGAAAGUCCGGCCCUGAUGAACGAGCUGCGCGCCCUUCGCCAGCGGAAGGGCGAGCUGGAGGGCCAUCUGGGAGCGUUGCAGGAUUCGCGGCGCCAGCUAAUGGCACAGCUCGAGGGUCUCAUGCGGAUGCUUAAAAACCAUCAAACGCAGAGCCCCCGGUCGACGCCCAACUCUAGUCCACGGUCGGGUAAAAGCCCACCGAUACCGCAGGGACCACCGAUGCCAAACCAAGGUUCACGGCAGGGACCGAUGAACCCCGGCGGUUCCGGAAUGCCACCCAAUGUACCACCCGGUAUGCUUCCGCCCGGUGUUGGUGGAAUGCACGGGCAGGAUCCGCACAUGGGUCCCGGAGGCGGUGGUAUGGAUAUGCGGGGAUACGCACCAAAUGGAAACAACAGUUCAUCCCCACCGGAAUCGACGUUCCUGAAGGAGCGCAGAGUUUAGUGUGUCUGUGUGUGCAUACUUUAGAGAGAGAGAGGGAAAAUAAACCACAUUUCCAAAACCGGUGGCCCAAACCUGAUUCUCUCCCACCGAAAAAAGCCGACCACCGGGCAAACGACAGGCAGGCAACGUGUUAGAGGUUAAUCGCCCACCCUCUCCGCUCGAAAAGGAGGAAAAGGAGUCGAAAGCUUCCUAGCAGUUCAAACACAAAAACGAAUCUUCCAUCGAUAAAAGACAUACAAGGACACACAUGGUUGCAAAAAGACAAACAAAAAAGGAUAAUAAAUGUAAUAUCACGUCCACAGAACAGAACAGAUAUUCUCAGAUCGAUAUGAUGUGGUUGCUUCUUCAAACACAAUGCUCAAACUCGCCCCAAUUCAAAACUCUUCUCUACCCAGACACACUUUACCCCACCGCACUUCAUCGUUAGCCACGGAAAUCUUCUUCUUUUCGCUAUUUUUGCAAUUGCUAAAGGAUUAAAAAAAAAAACCCGGCGUCAUUCCCCGACUUGUACUCUCCUCUGUCCCGCGGACGAGAGGGAGCAAAGUAAAAUGUGUGCAGUUUUUUGUUUUGGUUUUUGACCUUAAGUUGCUGAUUUUUGGUAAGCGUUAAGUAGAAUUUUAAUUUUGUUCCCGAUAUACGCCGACACCAAUUAAAGAAGGAAACACCAAAAGAUGAACCCCUUUUUUGCCAUUACUUUUUUGAUGCAAUUACAAUAAUUUACAAAACAAAUGUGCAACAUUUUUUUGCUACAAACUACUAGCAUCGCUCACGGUGAUACCCUUUUGCUUUGUUUGAAAUGCCGAUUCCUUUAUCCUUCCGUUCAUCAUAAUCUACACAGCAGUAACGCUUUGCAUUAAAAAAUUGAUUUAAAAUAGGCUUUAAUUUCAAUGGCGAUGAAAAUAAAGCUUCGACGGAUAAUGUAAUGAACUGAAUUUGGCUCGAAUCAACUGGUACCAGCAGAUCAUUUCUUUUUGAGCCUUAUCUUUUAAAUGAUCGAAACAGUUCCUCUGAUAAAGGUUUGCUCUAAUCUUCUCUAAUUUAAUAAAAAUCUAAUGAUAGUUGAUGAGAUCAGUAAGGAGAAAAAUUCCAAAUAAUUUCUAUCUUAUCUAGAAGAAUAUACGGCCGGCCCUCUUCUUCUUCUGCUUUUUUGGUCUGACGACCUCAGAGGUUAUGCCAGCCUUCCUAGUCUUAUUGAUACCGCAUAGUUGGACAGUCCAUCCUCACUAUGAGGGUACGGCCCAAAAUGGGAUUUGAACCCCGGUCCUGCCGUUUGAAUAAGGUCCCAAAGAUCCGAAGCCUCUAUAAAUAAACGAUAACAAAAAAACAUCAUAUAAAACCACAUGUUGUUGAGAAGAUCGCUGGGAUACAAGAGCUUUGCACAAAAAAGCCCCCUAUAAACCAGUCUGUUUUUUAAUGCUCACGUUACUGUACACAAAUCCACACAGUUUUCAAAACAAACCCCAAUUUUUCCAAUGCCGUUGGGCUCGAAAAAACAUACAUACCCACACACAAAAACCACAAUAUAACAACCCAAAACACGCAUGAUCGAUCUUAAAACGAUGAUCGGUUUUUUUUCUUCGAUCGUUUACUUUCUUACACGCAUGCCUCUGCCAAACACACACGCUCGAAACAACAACGCUCACAACACAACGACAACAAUGGCAAACUGCCUGCCUUCACACGCUCGCAACAACGAAAUUUGGUGAAAUUGUGUAACAAAUGAAACGAAACACUUCAACCCACCCACCCAACAACCCACCUACACCACCCACACCGAUUGGCAACUGGUUCUUUACACCUAUCCCGAUAAAAAACAAACACCGAUACACAAACACUGUGAUGCCGCUGCUAAUUGCGACCAAAAUUCUAAUGCAAACAAAACCCCUGUCCUACCGCUACCUAACAAACAAUCAACAACCAACUACAUCCCGCACGCAUAACGUUACUGCGUUACCUACUUAUCUUGCCCUACCGUCCCCGGGGGCCGGGUUGACACGGGAAAUCUCCAGUUUUCUAUGCACACUACGAAGGACAUCUUCCGCCCGGCGUCGUACAUAAGCCGCCGAUGCGCUACUUUUCAGAGGGAUCCGACGAUGACAGUAUCGCUUCGUCGCAGCACACGAUGCGCCAUUCGCUAGACUUUGACGAGAUGCACAUGACCACGCACGAGUGGAGCGAAAAGGAUAAUACUCAAUGGCAGGAACAGUUUGCUGCCUGGAGCUUAAAUUCGCAAAACCAGUGAACCACCGGACAGCAGUGCAAUACUUAAACCCAGUGCAACAAACAAAAAAAAAAAACCCGCAACCUCUCUAGCUUCAAGCAAAUGCAAGCAGGUGGGCAAACCGGUCGCCCCCCAUUACGCACGACAUCCUCUUAACGUUGUAUUACGUUUAGUGUAUCACUAAGGAACACAUUGCAAGAUGGGACUGACGCUUACGAUCCCGGUGUAUUACGAUCGCCACCGUGUUGAAAUGGUCCUGCAAAAGGGCAGCAGCAGGAUCUCUUGUUUCUAUCUGUUAUCGAUAACCUAUUUUUACCUAACAUUUUAAGCAAAGCGUCACACGAGAAAGCGUACAAAGAAAGGAAAAACGAUUCGUUUAAAGCAACAAUGCAAUACGAGCGGCAAUAUUCACUCAUUCCAAGCACCGCGUGUCAACGACGAUUUCGCAACCAAUUAACGUAGGGAAAUGGAUUAGUUCGUUAGGAUUUUUUUAUUUUAUCAUUGUGUUGUGAGCAGCUCUGCAAGAUUUGCAACAGUCAUAUUCUCUCUUGCCAGAAAUACGAAAAAAUGGGAUUUCAUUUUCAACUUCAGUUUUAUCACUUCAUAGUGAAGUCUUCCAUAUGAUUUUGCUUUACCCUUUUUGUGUUCCCAGAGUCGUGCUAGAUGUGUUAAAUUAAUUUUAUGUACGUUUGUUUCGCAACGCUGUUGUGUUGCGCCCGUGGAUGAUUUUAAUAAAACAUUUUUUCUUCUGUUAGUACUAUCUUGCGUUUUAUCAUUUUUUUAGAAACUUUUUUACACUAAACCCUCCUUUGUAUCCGCCACACCCGGUCCGAUGAUCGUGUUAUCACUGAGGACUGUUUCGCCCUUUUUCAAACCAGCAAUGCGCGGAUUGCCGACCAUCGGUGGGGCUGUUUUAAUAGUUUAAAUUCUCCUCACAGCAGGCGACAGCAUCACGUUAGCUGAACCGUACUAGCUUAAGCCAAUCAUCCUUAUCUCGUGUAGUAAAACUUCGUUCCGAACAUUAAAUCUCCUACAGUCAGAGGGUGGUCAACGGAGGACUAAUCGAAGGGCUAUUAGACUGGAAGAAAUCAAUCAAAUUCAUAAGCUUCUUCUCUACUGUGUAAAUAAAGCAAUUCGAUCGAGAAGUGAGCAUAUUGGAACAGAUUGAAAAAUAUCUAAAAAUCGUACGAAAAAAAAACCCCACAUACACACACCCUAGUAAAUGAUCAUCGAUAGAAUAAUCAAUGCGUGGUGGUGUGUUCCAGUUUAGAGAAAGGCAGAUAAAAUCACAAAAAAAAUCAUUAAAUCAAAUUAACUCAAACCUUUAAGCAUUUCCCACGCAUUUGUCCAAAGGAAUUAAAGAGAACACAAAUCGCGGUGGUAGUCGAAAACGGAAGAAAGUCUUUACGCUACACCCCUACACCAUAGAAUCUUACUUCCCAUCUCAUCGAUAAUAUCGCAUAUCGCUUAUUUGUAUGAAAGAUGCAGUGCAGUGCUUCAAACGAAACUGCGGAACAAUCUUGAAAUUGAACAAUUGCUCCGCUUAAGGGAACAUUUACUAAAAAUAAAACAGUAAAAGAAUUUUACUAGCGCCAAAUCGGGACUACCCCCAUGGCCGGAUGGGACGGAUUAAAGAGAUGCUACGGGCUUGGUAGUUCAGUAUCAUUUUCAUUACAUUAGACCAAUUGUUCGACUUCCAUGUGUCCCCCGAUAUCCGUUUGAAGUACUGUAUUGUUGAAGAAAAUAUUUGAAUUAAAAAUCGAAGACAGAAAACGCUCCGAUCUCGUCGACAACCGGAGUGGCGUUGGUGAAUACUAAUAUACCAGUAGCUAGCAAACAACACAGUAACACAGUACCGAAUUCGAUUUACUUCUUCAAUUGCACUAACCAACGGAACUGUGCAAAAAAAAGGGGGGUGGUGGCCAUAUGACUUCUUGUCUGCUGCUUUUACUUUGUUGGAAGCGUAUUUGCAGUGCAGUUGAUAUUAUCCUCUUAUCCCAAACCCCUGUUUCGACCCUUAAAAGAAAAUCGCAGUACCGUGUUUGCAGCUCGAUUGAGAUGAUUAAUCCAACGUGCGGCCAUACAAAUAUACUAAACCUAAGCUCGGAGUAAUAGAAUUUGUUUGACGAAACGUUACACAUGUAAGUAGUAGCCCACAAACAAGCGGUGACGGUUCCAUCAUCUAAACCAACCAUACUCCGGUCUAUAACAAUACGGUGUAGAUAGACAAACGGUUUUAAAACAGGUUCCGUGCCAGGUCGGGAGGGCAAAUUAUAGUCAAAUAUACAAUCGCAGGCUUAUUCCGAUGUAGAAUUAACCUAUCGAGAAAAAAUAAAACUCAACAAACUCAGUUUCAAGUCGAAAAACCCGCGAGUGGUUUCCGAGACCGAGAGUGAGUGAGUGAGAGAGAGAGAGAAGAACCCCGUUUAGGGAAAUCGAUCCUGUACACUGGUGCACACGCCCGGUGCCGAGCAGCUGUUCGAGAGUUUAACUUCUUAGAAUUAUCAUUACCCGUAACAAAGCGUUACAUUAUUGAUUCACGAAACCCGGGGAAAACCCCAAAGGUAGGAAGAAGGAAAAGGAGCUGGAAAUUUGCUUGCAAACCGGGGAAAACUGUGUCGAGCGGAAAUGAACCAGCGCCUAUGUUUGGCGCAUUUCACUGUUACGAAUAAAACAUACAAGACUAAAGGACUAUAAUACAGCU